GAGAGCUGAGCCGAUGAGAUCAUGGAGCCUGCGCCGAGGUCGGACAGGGUACGGCUGAGACUUCACGGUGAUGGAGAGGUGCCUGUCCGAAUCCAUGAUGUCCUUCACUGUAGCUGAAACCACAAGACCUCUGGCCUCUGUGUCUGGGAGCCGUGUAGCCAACAGUCACUUCCACUUUCCUCUAAUAGGACUAAAUAAGACUCAGCCUCAAGCCCUAAACAAUCAGGGAUGGACAGGUGAAAAGUGAGAGGCUGAGAGGUGGCCUUUAUUCCAAACCUUUUUAUUCAGUCUUGUUCCAUAAAGGGGCAUGAAAAUAUUCCCAACCCUAACAGUUUCCCUUCAGAAGUCCACUUUUGCCAUAUAAAAAAUGCCUUUAAAUAUUAGAGCCAAGCCCUCGCAGAGCAAGCUCUCUGCUGGCCCAAAGAGUAGUGGCCAUGCUGACGGCAGCACAUCUCAUUCACGCUUCUCAAGAUCCCCUAAACAAGGGAAAGGCAAACAGGCUGUUAGCUCAGCACCGGGCUCCCGCUCAGGGCUAGAACCCGGCUCUGUGUCAGGGGGUGUGCCUGCACCAGCGUCUAAACUGGCAGGAGGUCAAGGGUCGGUGUCAAGGCCAGGUUCAAAGAGCAAACCAGCCACAGCAGCAGACAAAGGAGCAGCUCAUGGUUCAGCGACAGCACCCGGGGGUAAGACCCUGUCUAUGGAGAAUAUCCAGUCUUUGAGUGCUGCCUAUGCCACUUCAGGCACCAUGUACCCCAGUGAGCGGGAUUCCUUGGAACCCUCUGGUGGGUACCCCAAAGGCACCAUGACGCUUGGCAGGAGCACCAGCCGCUCCUCCUACACUGGCCGGACAACAGCCACGGGCAGCAGCCCAAACAUCACCUCCUCUGGGCUACAUCACCCAUCAGACAACUAUGGAGACCAAACCUUGCUUUCUGCAGGGACUUCCAGUCUGCGGCGCCAGUCUGGGAGGCAUCCACAGACACUGGAUUCUGCUGGACGGGGAGAGGUUUGCACAUUUGAUCUCCAGGCUCAGCUGAGGGAGCUGCAGAGGGAGAAUGAAAAUCUGAGGAGAGAACUAGAUGGAGGGAGGGAUGGAAGGACAGGUCCCAGCAUGAACAGCGUCAACUUCUGGAGUCCCGAUGUAAAAAGAGACAAGGGAGCUAGGCGGGAGGAGGGAGUGAGGACCUCAGUUCUGAAGGACCAAUACAGGACCAACCAAGAGGACUUACAGCUUCCGUUAACAGUUCAGGAGCUUCAGGAAGAGCUGAGGGCUCACAGGGAGAUGAACAGUCGUUUGCAGCAACAGCGACAGCAGGGGAACUCUGGCUCCUAUCGGGAACUCCAUAUGGACCAGGACCACAGAGGGGGGCUCAGUCCUGGCCACAGCCCCAGACAAAGCCCUAGCAACCUGCACAGUCCUGGACGGAAAAAUAGCCCCAGAGCCAGCCCAUCCAACACCUACAAUCCAAGGCAACAGGAAGCUGACAUCAUCAUUCACAGCCCUGGGUAUGGCUGUAACACUGCAGUAGCCACACAGAGAAUCAGCCCAGCCAACACCCUUCAGCCUGGGCCAAGGCACAGCCCAAAUCAGCCUCUCUACAGUCCCAGCCAAGGUCCAGUGAUAGCGCCUAGUUCUCUUCGGCCAUGCAGCCCCUGCCAGGUGCCUGGGUGUGACGGCUUCUCCUCACCCCCUCCUCUGGAUCCUUCAGAGGAGAAUUUCCUCCGGCUGCAGUCGGAGCACGAGCGGCAGGCCAAAGAGCUGUUCCUGCUGAGGAAGACCAUGGAAGAGAUGGAGAUGAGAAUCGACUCUCAAAAGCAGACGCUGGGCGCCCGGGACGAGAGCAUCCAGAGGCUGUUGGAGAUGCUUCAGGGCCAAGGUCAAGGUCAGGGGAACUGGGGUCGGGGACAGCGGACAGGCAUCAUAACCAUGGCAGCGCAGGAGGCUGAGGCUCAGCUGGAGAACAUGCAUGUGAGAGAGAUAGAGCAGCUGAAGCAGGAGCUGAACAAGAAGGAGUCAGAGAUGCAGGCCCUGCAGACCAAGCUGGAAACACUGACCAAUCAGAACUCGGACUGCAAGCAACACAUCGAGGUGCUAAAGGAAUCGCUCAGCGCCAAGGAGCAACGCGCCAGUACACUGCAGACAGAGGUAGAUGCUCUGAGGGUGCGUCUAGAGGAGAAGGAGCAGUUCCUGACCAAGAAGACAAAGCAACUGCAGGACCUGACAGAUGAAAAGAGCACACUAACAGGAGAGAUCAGAGACAUGAAGGACAUGCUGGACGUCAAGGAAAGGAAGAUUAAUGUCUUGCAGAAGAAGAUUGAGAACCUGUUGGAGCAGUUAAAGGAUAAGGACAAACAGCUGGCUGGGUUGAGGGAAAGGGUUCAGGGCCUCCAGACUGACUCCAGCAACACAGACACAGCCCUGGCCACACUGGAGGAGGCUCUGUCAGAAAAGGAGCGAGUGAUUGAGAACCUCCGGGAGCAGAAAGACCGGGAUGACAGGGUUCGGCUGGAGGAGCUGGAGCAGAUGAGGAAGGAGAACCAGGAAUUAAAGGAGAAAGUCUCAGCCCUGCAGCCCCCAAAACUGUCCCAGAGCCAGGCCACCAACCCCAGCCCGACCCAGAACCAGAAACCCGAUGGAGAGGUCCCAGCUAAAGUAGAUGGGCUACCAGCAGUAAGCCCGACGACCCAAAACACGGAAGAAGCGGUCAGGAAGUGUCCAGAUAUCACAGAUCGUCUGAGGCUCCUGGAGCAGGAAGUGGCCCGCUACAGAGAAGAGUCUGGGAAAUCGCAAGCCGAGGUGGAGAGGCUAAUGGUUGCUCUGAGGGACGCUGAGAUGGACAAAUCGUGCAAGGAGAAGAAAAUUGCUGAUCUUGAGAGGCAAAUCAAGUCUCCAAACAUCCAGAAGCAGACGGUUCCGGGUGAGAUGAGGAAAGAUGCCCUGACUGAUGGACAUCCGCACUCUUUAUCGCAGCUACCUCUUUCAGCUUCCCAGGAUGCCAUGUGGGAGACGGCGGAGCGGAUCAGGGAGUUGGAGAUGGCACUGAGGGAGAGCAUGAACACAUCCGCACAUAGGGAGGCUCUCUGGGCGCAGGAGGAAGCUGACCGUGUUCAGGCCCAGAGAGAGCUGGAGGAGCUCAUGGGAGCUUUGGAGAAGACGCGACAAGAGCUGGACGCCACCAAACUCCGUCUGUCCUCCACUCAGCAGUCCCUGCAUGAAAGAGAUGGACACCUCAACAGUCUGCGCCAGGAGAGACGCAAACAGCUGGAGGAGAUUCUGGAGAUGAAGCAGCAGGCUUUGCUGGCAGCCAUCAGUGAGAAAGAUGCUAACAUUGCCCUGAUGGAAUUAUCCUCCUCCAAACGGAAGAAAGCCCAAGAGGAAGUGAUGGCUCUGAAGAGGGAGAAAGACAGGCUCAUGCACCAGCUCAAACAGCAGACUCAGAGCAGAAUGAAGCUGAUAGCAGAUAAUUACGAGGAAGAUCACAUCCACCCCCAGCAUCAUCCUCACCAUGCUCACCACUUGCAUCCAGCAAACGUGCACCACCGAAGCCUGCCAAGAGGGGCCCCCCAUGCCAACCACCGACCCCCUAUGGACCAGGAUGAUGAAGAAGGAAUAUGGGCGUGAUGGCCACCUCCAUGGGAAUCCGGCAUCCAUUUGUUCAAAUCGCUUGUAGAGCCCUGUACCACGAGAUUCGAGAGCUUCAACUGCAAGCGUACACGCUCGACCGGCCCAUAACUUGCCAACAUCACAACCACCAGAGAUACAUAUAAACAGAUACGCACACUGCAGGAGUGUUACCUUCACUGACAUGCACAGUGGCCCGCUGUGGGUGAAAGUCCCCCACCGGAGCAUCAGUCAUCAGUGUGCAGCUUCAAGGUAUUGGCAAGCAGUCCACUGCCUUGAUUUCCCUAGCUGUUUCCAAUAGACUAGGAGCUGGAUUCAUUUUACAGUACCACGGUGCUACAGAGUUCUGGCUUCACAUCAACUGACAAUAACCACUGUUGACUACUAGCGUGGCUAAGCUGAGCCCUUGGAACUAGCCGUAAACCCAUGCCAGUUCUAAGCUGGUUUAUGAUGGCAUGAUUGUGCUUACUUCUGCAGCUAAAUAUCAGACUUUUGUAAAUAUCACAACAUGGACCUCAAAAUCCACAGAGACCUUCUCAAUGUACCGUGCCAAAGGAGACGUCCCUGUCGGCUGAAACAAAUUACUGAAAUGGGACUACAUUUAAAUCAUUUGGACUACCCAGCAAACCAACCCAGUUAUUCAUUUGUCUGACUAUCUCCCACUUCCUGCGGAGAGAUCAACAAGAAAAGUCAAAUUUGGGCUCGAAGAUUCCCCACAAAAAAACAGUUCUGAGGAUCAGUUUACACCUUCUCUAAAAAUCAGGACCUUAAUUAACAGGGGAGGAAACGCAGCUGACCUCAAAUCAGCCAGAUUACUGUAAGAACAGUGUGUUUAUACAUUUCUCCUUGUGUUCUUUUAGCCUGCUGUGCGUUUGUUUAAUGAACCAAUAUCAUGUUCUGUUGGCUUUUCUACAUCCGAAACAGUUUUGAGUGCCACUCUUCUUUUUCUUUUUUUGAAGUUGUAACAGCUGUGUGUGACUUAAUACGCUGAUGAGUGAUGUAUUAUUUUGUCGUCUAUUUAUUGAUCUUGUGAAUCUGAGUGGCUAAUCUGUUUAUAAUGAAGUGACUUCAUUUUACAGCACUGUGUUAUUAUUUUUUUCACUGUACUGGAGGUGGAUCUGAGGUGACGAUUAUAUAACAGUAUUGUUGUGUUUUGAUUCAAUUUAACAGUGUUUCCAUUUGGCCCUUACCUAAUAUGUACAGUUUUUGUACAGUGUGUGUGUGCAUGUGUGUGUCUGUGUGU